AUGAAGUCUUCGUCGAUUCCAUACCGCUAUUCUCAGCUGCAAAGCUCGCGAAACGAAAUCCGGUUGGUCCAGCUGCACCCCGGCACUUUCUCCGACGACAUUCACCUCAGUAUAUUGCAUGUAUUUCUUCGGCCAUCAGACGAGUCCGCACCAAAGCUUAGCUUAGAGAAGUUGAGAGCGACGCUACCGCCGGACUGGGAGGUUCAUGAAGAUACAGACCAGAAGAUUCUUUUCUAUUAUGAAGAUUCAGAUGGAAACUGCAAGUCUACAUGGACACAUCCUGAUCCCAACAUUGAUCCCAAUCAAUACACAGCCCAGCCCAAGAAGUCUGAGGGAUCCCGCUACGAAGCCUUGUCGUACACCUGGGGAUCGAGGGUAGACGACGAAGUGAUCUACGUGAUACCUACACAUGCAUCCACGUCGAAGGAGCCGGCGACAGAGCUUCAAAUUGGCCACAACCUCGCCCUCGCGCUUCGGCACCUCCGAUAUGAGGACCGUGUCCGCAUUAUUUGGGCCGACGCAAUCUGCAUCAACCAGCAGGAUCAAUCCGAGAGAGAGGAGCAAGUCAAGCGCAUGUCAUACAUUUACAAACAAGCGGACCAGGUAGUUGUCUGGCUUGGGUCUGGGUCCGACAAUAGCGGCCUCGCGAUGAAGACCCUCAGCUAUAUAGGAGAGCAAGUCGUGACAACGAUGGACAGUUGGAUAAUAGCAUCCCCCGAGGCGGUUGAACCAGACUGGUGCUAUUCCGCCGUCGGGUUGCCUUAUGAUUCUGAUACCUUUAUUGCCGUCAACUCCUUCCUCAGUCGCGAUUGGUUCAAUCGCGUAUGGAUCUUGCAAGAGAUCCAUCUCGCAAGCAAUGCAAUCUUGCAGUGUGGGUUUGACCAAAUGUCAUGGACACAUUUUCGUCGCUCCAUUGUGCUUCUAUGGACCAAGUUCAAUGCAUGCCCGUCUCUCUCUCGGCCCAGAAUAGCAUUCGUUGAGCCUCUCGUUAAUCCAAUACAGUCUAACACUCCAAUUUCGUUAAUCCUUCGCCUCACCAACAAGAGAGAAUGCGCGGAUCCCCGGGACAUAAUCUACGGCGUUCUCGGUCUCUUUCACGAGGAUUUCAAAAAGAAUAUCCAUCCUCAGUACUCUUUACCAGCUGAAGAUAUUUAUACUUCGUUCGUUCGCUCCCACAUUAGACAAGUCAACAAGUUAGAACUCCUCCGAUACUGCCGUCCGGGAUACCGUACGACUCCUAUUCCGUCAUGGGUACCAGAUUAUAGCAAGAAAGACUGGGUCAAACCAGCUGAAUGGCAGUUCUGCUCGGGAUACUCCGCCUGCCACGUGGUGUUCCGCGAGCCUAAUAUACUUGAUGCUGAGGGCGUCUACGCUGCCACGAUCCGGUCUGCCCAUGAUCCUAUACCAAAUUAUCGACACGAGGCAGCUCACAUUGAGCUUCUCGACUCAACCUCUGCCGUUCGGAACUUGCUUGGUCUUGACUUUUCCGGAAAGAGCGUGGGAGCAGAGAGCCAGCAGGAUAUAUUUGCUCGAACAAUCACCGGGAACUAUCUUAAAGACCGGUUUCCAGAACCCCGGGUCGACACCCUGGAGCAGUGGAAGGAACGGAUCCAAACGAAGGAUGACAUUUUCGGGGAAAACCUCACGUUUCAAGAGGAAUAUUCCUUGGGCAUACUUCUUGGUCGAACCUACUUAACAACGGAAGAAGGCUAUAUCGGGCUUGGGCCUCCGGAUGCACAACCAGGUAUGAUCCAUGCUCCACCUUAG